CGCGGCGUGCGCCCGUGCGGCCGCCCAUGGAGACGCUGCUGCAGCCGGGGGCCGGGAAGCCCCCCAGCGGGAGAAGAAUGAAAGCUCGAGCUCCUCCUCCACCAAAUCAACCUUCUGCAGCAAGUGGAAUUCACAGCGAGCAAAAGCCACCUGCGGAGCUAGAUGCCAUUUCUGACCAGAGCCUUGUGAGUGUGAAGGAGAACAUGAUCAACAGACUGGUCGACUUCACAGUCAUUUUGCCCAGUGGAGUGGAGCAGAAGAGCACAGUACAAGGAAGUAAAGCUGUGAUGGAUCUGUUGGUUGACUUAUGCAGCCGGUAUCACUUGAAUCCAGCCCAACAUAGUCUUGAACUCAGGUCUUGGGAGAUGCAACAACCCUUGAGUUACAAGCCAAAUACUUUGAUAGGAGCACUGGAUGUGCAGACGGUCCUUUUGAAGGAGAAGAUUCCCGAAGAAAAGACAAAGCGACCUCCGCCUAGGGUCCCCGAGAAAUCGGUGAGGCUGGUGGUGAACUACCUGAAGACGCAGAAGACGGUGGUGCGGGUGAGCCCGGAGGUGCCGCUGCACCACAUCAUCCCCGCGAUUUGCGAGAAGUGCGAGGUGAGCCGGGAGCACGUGGUCCUGCUGCGCGACAGCAUCACCGGCGAGGAGCUGGAGCUCACCAAGUCCUUGGAGGAGCUGGGCAUAAAGGAGCUCUACGCCUGGGACAGGAAAAGAGUUCCUCCAUCAAAAACUCAAUCUGAACCUUCUCUGAACUAUAGAGAACCAAGUCGAAAUGCCUCAGUAAUCAAUGAUGCAAUAGAAAAAGAAAAGCGAGGAUUUCUGGGAUUUUUCAAAGCUAACAAAAGGAACAGCAAGGGAGCCUGUCUCAGCAGAUGUAUAAUCUUCAUUUAAGCAGUACCCCUUGAUGGACUUUUAGGAUGCCAACUGAAGGCAUUGGGCUUGUUUUGUGUUGAGAUUGUUUUGGAAAUGUUAACCAUUAGAAUGCAGUAUCUGGUGCAAAGGGCAGUAGUUUCAAGCAACUUACUUCCCCAUUUCAGUAGUGCUCGGAUAAAAAUGCACUUACAAAAGCCCUGAUGUAGCAUAGAGUACGUGCCUCUAGAUAGCGAGUAGAAUUGUGCUAACAAAGGCUUCUCCUGUGU